GCCCAAGAAAAAUAUCUGACAGCUGCCCAAUGGAGCCAGUCGCCCAUCUCUGACACGGUCAGCUGCCCGCUUCCCCUCAAUGGGCAGCUCCAAACUCCAAUACCCCCCAAGGCAAACACUACUUAAAUGCUUAACCAAUUCAACAACAAUCUACGCCCCCAAUUAUAACCACCACCACCACCACCUCCGCCUGUGGUGAAGGUGGCCAUUGACCCAGGUCAAGGUGGAUGGACCCAUGAAUAGAUAGAUACAUACAUACAUACAUACAUAUACGUUUGUAUUGUAGAGAGAAGUAAGAGAGAGAGAGAGAGAGAGAGCGGAGGUGAUGGGUCAGGGGCUGAGUUGCGCGGCGAGCGACGAGCAUGGCCUGUUCACGGCUAUACAGUUUGGGGACGUGGAGACUGUGAAGGCCGUGCUGGAGAGUGACCCGAGCCUUGUGAAACAGACCACGCUGUACGAUCGCCAUUCUGCCCUUCACGUGGCCGCUGCCAAUGGCCAGAUCGAGAUUGUUUCAAUGCUCUUGGACCGGUCUGUUAAGCCCGAUUCAUUGAAUCGCAAUAGGCAGACUCCGCUUAUGUUGGCUGCGAUGCAUGGGAAGAUCUCUUGUGUGCAAAAGCUUAUUGAAGCCGGGGCUAAUAUUUUGAUGUUUGAUUCAAUUCGUGGAAGAACCUGUUUGCACUAUGCUGCUUAUUUUGGGCAUUCUGAUUGCCUUAAAGCCAUUCUCUCUGCUGCCCGUUCCUCCCAUGUUGCUGCUUCUUGGGGUUUUGCGCGGUUUGUAAAUAUUAGAGAUGGUAAAGGGGCAACCCCUUUGCAUUUGGCGGCUCGUCAAAGGCGGCCCGAAUGUGUCCAUGAUCUAUUAGACAAUGGAGCUCUUGUCUGUGCUUCAACAGGCGGAUACGGCUUCUCUGGAAGCACUCCACUUCAUUUGGCUGCUAGAGGGGGCUCUCUAGAUUGCGUCCGCGAAUUGCUGGCAUGGGGCGCAGAUCGGCUUCAAAUAGACGCAUCUGGGAGAAUACCAUACACAGUAGCUCUAAAGCACAAGCACGUAGCGUGUUCAGCCCUGUUGGAUCCUUCUUCGGCGGAGCCUCUUGUUUGGCCAUCACCUCUCAAGUUUAUCAGCGAGCUUAAUGCAGAGGCAAAAGCUUUGUUAGAACAGGCCUUGAUGGAGGCAAACAGGGAAAGGGAAAAGACCAUUUUGAAGGGUACAGCUUAUUCGGUUCCAUCUCCAUCACAUUCUGAUACCGGAACGGAUGACAAUAUUUCUGAGGUGAGUGACACUGAGUUAUGCUGCAUAUGCUUUGACCAAGUGUGCACGAUCGAAGUCCAAGACUGCGGCCACCAGAUGUGUGCCCAAUGCACAUUAGCCUUGUGCUGUCACAACAAGCCCAACCCAAAAACAGCGUCCCUUAAUGCACCCCUUUGCCCAUUUUGCCGGAGCAACAUUGCCCAGUUAGUGGUUGCUAAUGUUAAGACCGAUAAUGAAAUGGAUUCGAAGCUCAGAAGGUCGAAAAAGUCCAGGAACUUCUGCGAAGGCAGCAGUAGUUUCAAGGGGCUAUCGGCCAUGGGUUCUUUUAGUAAAUUGGGUGGUCGUGGCUCAGGUCGGAUUGCUGCUGAAAAUGAAUGUGUUGACGAUAAGGCUUGAUACCUAGAAAAAUUCAGGGUAUUCAAGAAUUCCAUUUGGCAGCAAGUUAGGUAAUGUAUAGAAGAUCAAUAUCCAUUUGCAUUAUAGAUUUGGGAAAAUCAAUAAGUGAAUUAGUAGAUUUGCAGGAUUGGGGUUGGGUUGGUGAGGAUUGUUGUUGUGGGGCAUUGUUUGUAAUCUUGGUUUUCUUCAGCUUGAAGAAGCAGUGGGUUUUUGAUGGGGCUUGUUAGCUACCUGGACCCAAAAAGGAAAGAAUUCUUUCCAUUUUCCCAAUUCAAAUUCAACAUUUCUUUUAA